CUCAGAAACACCCAGGUUCCCUUGGGGAGCUCUGUGUGAGGGACCUCAGCAACGAACCCAAGAAAUGAUGUCACUUCCUGGCAACAGAACUCAACAGAACCCAGAACCCAGGGACCCAGGCACCACUGCGAGAGGAGACCCCAGCCAGAUCACUUGCUGCCAAGAUGUUCUGCUGUUUGCCCCUGCCCAGAGGCCGGGGCCUCGGGAGGGCUCACAGGCAGAGUGUGUGGGAUCGCUGGCGACGCUGGCUCAGGGCCCCCCGAGGAGGCCUCUGGCCCUUUGCCCGAAGGAACAGGAAGAGCUUCCCACCGGAUGUGGCCGACGAGGGGGACACGCCGUCCACCUCCUCGAGGGAGGGGUCGGAGCCCCACCCCCCUGCCCGUGAGGCCCAGUGCAGGGUCCAGCCCCGAGCACCCCUCCCUCUGAGGCAGCACGAGGACCUGGAGCCCAGCGCGGCAGAGCACAGAGCUCUAGCUCUGACCUUCCAACUCAACCAGGCUCCAUUUCCAACACCUGUCCCUACAGAGGUGCUUGCUGCACGUGCAGGACCCAGGGAUCCACUGAGGGGACAUCGAGACCUGAUCCAUCCUGCCUCAAAGACACUGGGCCAGCUGGUUCCUGGCCACCACACUGGGCAGAUCGGACCUCUGUGCCUGCAGGACGCCCAGCCCCAGGCACCGAUGUCCCUCCCCCUCGGCCCAAACGUCCACCUCCACCUGCACCUGCACCUGCUCGGGCUUUGGCAGGAGAACCCGAGUCAGGGCAUGAGUUACCACCUCUGCAGGGAGAGCCUGCCCUGGCUCCUGCUCAACACCCAGACGCCCACGAUGACUAACCAACCGCUGCAGGGACAACGGGCCCCUCUUUUGGACAGAGACCCAGAGCCCGUUCUGGAAACACCAGGUCCAGGGGAGCCGUCUCAGGAGGAGCUGCGGGUCCACACCGGGAACGGGCGCUCUCAACCCCUGGGCUCAGCAGCGCCCUCAUCCUCAGGCUGGCGGCUCUGCCCUGACGGGAGCUGGAAGGCCACCAACCGCCCCAGGCCGACCUCACUCCCCUUCCACUGCUGGAGCCUGACGACAGCCAGCCGCACCCCUUCCGGCAGAACCAGAGCCCCUCUGCCCCUUGAUUCCAGGGUCAAGCCUGGCCCUGGGUCCUGA